AUGCAUUUCAAGAACUCCGUCCUUCUUGCGACGGCCCUGACCGCUGGGUCUGCCGUCGCCCGUCUUCACGGCCACGACCGCCGUCACACCCACACCAAGGUCGACGACGUCGAGGUCCCUGCCGCUCCCGCUACCACUGAAGGUCCCAAGGUCGAUGUCGAUGUCGAGAAGCGUGGCGAUGACAUGGUUUAUGCUACCAUUGAUGGGGUCCUGCAGUCCUGGAUCAACAACUGGUUCGGCGAGGUCUCUGAGUCCACUUCCACCUCCACCUCCAUCGUUGUCACUCCUACCUCCGUCGCUGAGCCUACUACUACUAGCGCUAGUAGCGCUGUUGAGUCCGUUGUCAGCGCUGUUCCCACUCCCGACUCUGGCUCCAGCUCCAGCACCGGCGGUAACUGGUAUACCUACCCUGAGGAUGGAGAUUUCAGCCGUGACGGAUUCGGAGCCAACAACUGCAAGGACUGCGACGGCGACAAAGGCCUAGGUAUCUCCUGGUCCGGUAACACCGGCUCCCCUUGGGGUAGCAACAUUAUCGAGGUCGACGCCGCCCAUGCCAGCAAGUACCGUCACGUUAUCCGCUUUGAGGGUGCUGAGAAGGACCCCUGGACUGUCUUGUUCUUCAACAAGAUGGGCCCUGCUGGUCUAAUGAACGGUUUCUUCAGCCCCUUCAAGGCUCUCUCGUUUACCCUCGAGCCCAACGAUGUCAAGUACGUCGCCGUCGACACCGACUCCACCGGUGGUUGGACCGCCUACCAGGGUGAGGAAUCCCCCCUCUCCGACUUCGGCGCCUAUGCUUCCACCUGGGGUGAGUUCACCAUGCGCACUGCUCCCGGCUUCACUAGCUGGGACGUCUCUUGUAUUCAGGCCCAGAAUGCCGGCAAGGAAAUUCAAGGCAUGAAGAUCUGUGAGCACGACGACUCCAACUGCUCCAUCAUCACCAAUGGCAUGGGCAAGGUCACCAACGCCUACACCUCCGCCGAGACUGAUAUCAACGGUAUCGGUGGUAACGUUCAGAGAGACCACGUUCGCCUGCUUGUCAACCUGGACUUCGCUUAA